AUGUUAGAGCGUGGUAAAACUAUUGAAUUGCUAGGUCACCUACAUAGUGAUCUGUUUUUCCAAGAAAAAUUGUUAUUGAAUGGACUCGAUCUGAAAAUAAAACUUAUAAGGAAUAAAGAUGCUUUUUCUAUUAUGAGCGCUGAAGCAGAACAGUACAAAGUUCAAAUCUUAAAUGACUUUCUUUUUGUCAAAAGAGUGCAGAUAUCUCCGGCUGUACGCAUAGGCCAUGCGCAAGGACUGUUAACAGGAAAUGCAAAAUACGCUUUGGACAGAGUCGGUUUAAAGGUCUAUUCAGUGGCCGCUGGCUCGCGUGUCUGCAAUCAGGAAAAUGUAUUUCUUGGACAACUACCAAAAACCGUUGUUAUUGGAUUUGUUGAUAACGACGCUUUCUCUGGCGCUUAUGACAAGAAUCCCUUAUGUUUCAAACAUAACUAUGUGAAUUUUGCAGCCUUGUAUCUGGAUGGUGAACAAAUACCAACAAAACCUUUUCAACCAGACUUUGAAAAUGGAAACGCUAUACGUGAAUACAUAUCAUUAGUCAACAUCGCUGGGAAACAAAAUUCUGAUGCUGGAAUACUCAUUAAUAGAGAGGAGUAUGUACGUGGUUACACACUUUUUGCCUUUGAUUUGCCACCGGAUCAAGAGUGUGGUUCGCACUACUCUCUUAUACGCAGUGGUAAUCUCAGAUCUGAAAUCCGAUUUUCAAUACCGCUUGAGAGAACAAUUAAUAUGAUUAUUUAUAGUGUAUUUGAUAAUAUUAUUGAAAUUAGUCAAAGAAGAGAAGUCUUGUACGAUUAUCUAUAA